AUGGAAGUUGGAUUGGGAUUUCUAGGUACGUUCAAUACCAAAUACUACUAUGUGGUUGGAAUUGGCCACACUGAGCGGAAGUUCUGGUUUAUUACUCCUGAAGUUGGUCCGGACGCCACUUACACCUUUGGACUCAUAGGGGAUCUGGGACAGACCUAUGACUCAAAUAAGACACUUACUCAUUACGAGUUAAACCCGCGGAAAGGACAAGCUGUACUGUUUGUUGGGGACCUCUCUUAUGCAGAUCAGUACCCAAAUCAUGACAAUGUAUAUACACCCCUCACAUGGCUCCAGGAGGAACUACUGAAGGUUAAUAGAAGCGAGACACCAUGGUUGAUUAUUUUAAUGCAUUCCCCGUGGUAUAACAGCUACAACUAUCACUAUAUGGAAGGAGAAACCAUGAGAGUGAUGAAUGAGCCAUGGUUUUCGAAGUACAGAGUUGACGUGGUAUUUGCUGGUCAUGUCCAUGCAUAUGAACGAUCUGAACGUGUAUCCAAUGUUGCAUACAACAUCGUCAAUGGCAUUUGCAAACCUGUGAAAGAUCAAUCUGCACCAGUGUACAUUACCAUUGGUGACGGAGGAAAUAUUGAAGGCUUAGCGACCAAUAUGACCGAACCACAGCCAGAUUACUCAGCUUAUAGAGAGGCCAGUUUUGGUCAUGCUACUUUCGACAUCAAGAAUCGAACACAUGCUUACUAUAGUUGGCACCGUAAUCAAGAUGGAUAUGCAGUAAAAGCCGAUUCGAUUUGGUUUUUCAACAGAUUCUAUCAUCCUGUAGAUGAUUCCACAACUGCCAAAUCAUGACAGGGCACUGUUAUUGUUGUUUUGAAUAAACUCCUCAGCAAAUAGAAGAU